UAUACAAUCAUCGCUAACAACCACUUUGAAACAUUAAUGAACUGACCCUUUACGGAUUAUUAGUUUGUAUAGCGUCCUGCUGAAGACUAUUUGUGCAUAAUCAAAACAUUGUUUGUAAAGCUUUAAUCCUGCAAUAAACUUCUCCCGCCGCAAGAGAUAGAGAAAAGCAAAUUAGAAACAAAAUGUUCUUGCAAACGUGUUUUUGCCCUCAACCUAAUUUUAGGAUGAAUUUUUUUCUUUUAAUGGAUUACAGAUUACUUAUUAAAUGGAGAAAUCUGCAGAGAUAAGACCUGGAUUAUGCAUGCACCAGUUACAACAUGGAGAUCACCCACAACAGACACCACUGCAACAACAGCAGCAACAAUGUGUUGCACAGUUAAAUCAUGCAACUACUGCAAGUAUAUCUGCUUCUCAACAAACUAACUUGCAAUCUCACCCUUUUGUUGUGUCAUUAGAACAGCCAAUGAAUAUUGUGAAUGCAAACCCAGUAACUUCUCUCGAGCAAAGAAUUUUGCAGUUUGAUUCAAAUUUAAAUGAAACUAACAUAUCACAAAUUAUGACAGUACAACCAACAGAUCUUCAGGCGAUUGGUAAUAUAGUCAAUGAGAAAGUUUCCAUAUACCGACAUCCUUUAUUUCCAUUGCUUAGAAUUUUGUUUGAGAAAUGUGAAAUUGCAACAAACUCCAUUGAAAACGUUAAUUCGAUAACAUUUGAUAAUGAAAUCAAGUCCUUUAUUACUCAAAUGGCUAAGGAAAACAAACCGUUUUUUACAGAAGAUGCCGAAGUUGAUGGAUUGAUGCUGAAGUCCUUACAGGUGUUAAGAAUUCAUUUAUUAGAACUUGAGAAGGUUAAUGAAUUAUGUAAAGAUUUUUGCACUCGUUAUAUAUCCUGUCUAAAGGGCAAAUUAAAUAGUGACAAUAUCAUGAGAACAUUGGAUAUAACAAAUACACCACCAGCUAGUCCUACAGUUCAGACACCCACAGUGACGAAUGCUCAACCAAAACCACCAGAACAAAGAACACAAACUUCCUCUGCCAGCAAUACUUUUUCAAUAACUGAAGAGUCUUCUGAGAACAAAAGUUCAAUCAAUAAAAACUCUGAAGUACGAUCUCGCAGUCUAUCAACUGGUUUUCUUAACGUCGAACCAGAGAAUGAUUUGACUAUAACACGGUCUGCAUCUACUAGUUGUGAAACGCCCUGUGGUAGUUCUGGUAAUCCAGAGUCUAUGGGUAGUUUGUCAGUUAAUCAUUUGACCAGUGGAUUUUUGAGUAAGAAAAACAAAUGUGGCAAGCGAGGAGUGUUACCAAAACAUGCUACAAAUAUAUUAAAAGCUUGGUUAUUUCAGCACCUUGUGCACCCGUACCCAUCAGAAGAAGAAAAAAAGCAACUAGCUGAACAGACAAAUCUUUCAAACCUUCAAGUCAAUAACUGGUUCAUAAAUGCUAGACGAAGAAUUUUGCAGCCUAUGCUGGAGACGACAAAUUCAUUUCUGAAAAAUAACAAGAAAUCUAAACAACAGAGAAAUGCUGCACAAAAGGACUGGACGAACACAAUCGGUGUUUACAACGCAUAUCGUACAGAGGCCUUACAAACCCACACACCAACGUCACAACACCAACAAGUCGGAUUGGUAGUUAGUCCAACCAUGGUACCUCAAUCCACCACUAUGUUAGUCAAUCUCAACGACGGUCAAUCUCAACAAGUUAUUAUAACUCAACCGUUACAGUUUGUUCAAGUUAAUCAAAUGCCAUUACAAGCAAUGCAAUCUGCGUACCUACCAGUGCAACAGACAGCUUCUACGCAUGCGCCAGUAAUGUCAACAGCCCACCAGCCAACUGUGAUGAUACCUAUGCUGACCGAUAAGUCUCAUGAACUUCUUGCAACUGGUAUAAAUGCAAAUCAGCAACACACAUAGUUUAUUUCCAUUCUUCAAGAAUCAGUGUACUUCGGUUGCUAAAACACAAGUAAUCUCGAGAUGCGAAACGCUUACGUGGUCAUUGUUUAAUUCGUUACUGCGGAAAGAUAUAUAUAUAUUUAAUGGUCUUGGUUUUAUGAAGACUUUUUUGUUUAUUUUCUACAAUUUUAUUUAUUGUUUUUUUUCAACACAAAAAGUUCAAAUCGUAUUUUACGUUGGAAUAAAAAUGCAGGUAAAUGUAAUAGUUCUCCUGUUUCGAGUGUUUUUUUUAAUUUUUGUUUGUUGAAUCCGUCACCAGAGGAGAGUUGUGUACUCGUAAUUUCAUUAUAUAUAUUUUUAUACAUGUAUAUACCUAUCUAUGUAUGUACAAAGAUAUGUAUGUACAAAGAAUAUAGACUUUUGUACAUAGAACGACAUAUUUUUAAAUAGAAAGUUUUGACAUAUUGUUUCUUAAAAAAAGUAGAAAUUCUUGACUAAAAAAUAUUGUUUUGUUAUCAAUAAAUUGUUUUAAUUGCA